AUGAUGUCAGGUCCCACGGCGGCCUUGUAUUCGCGAGGUGUGCAUACGACAAGAGAUUUCGGGAAGUUCCUGCGAGAAGCUCUGCGAGGAAAAUUCGAUCCUAGUUCGACACUUGCAAUGUCGCGUCGCUUCCUCCGCACCAUUGAAAAUAUAUUCUCGCAAAUGAUUCCAAAAGAAAUCACCGAUCAAUCGUCAACGACGCUCGAGGGCUUGAAGAAGAAAAUCUUCUCAACCAUCGAUAAUCUCCAGCACCCAUCAACCUGUGGGAAUGUGAUCAACUGUAGGGUAGCGACUCAGAGCGGCGUUUCGAGCGGACUACACGACAUACUCUAUUGUCUGGUUGUGGGACUCCAACGGAAUAAGACAGUCGCACUCGACGUGACCAGAUGGGCUAAUUUCUCAAAAAAUCCUUGGCGGCUUCAUUUCCUCGAUCUAGGGGCCUGCCCGACCGCUCCUCAAAACGAAGACAUACGACUGACCGGCGAGUACAGGAGAAGAAUGAAAUUCUUACCAACGAAUCUUGCGGCACAUAUCAUCGACAACCACGGCGAUCCGUACGCUUGGUGGUACGGGGUUUUGAUGUCUUACAUUCUACGGCCAGGCGGCAACAUGGAGUCGACCCUUGAUGAUUAUUCAGAGAGAAUCCUCCCUAAAAGCAGGAUGCAUAUCCGUCGAACCGACAAGGCAGGCGAAGCUCUUUACCGACCGCUGGAGUCGUAUGUCGCGGAAGCCGAGGAAUACUUUGCUCGGAUAUCCCUGACUCGAGAAGUUUGUGAAAAGUUAGUCUACGUCGCAACUGACGACCCGCGUGUACUCGACGAGCUCGAGGCGAGGUUCAAAUCUUUCGAGUUCGUCUUCAACGAGAAUACUGCCCGAACGGCUUUCAGUUACGGCGGGCGACGGACAGCAGCCGCCGUGAUGGGCAUCGCGAAGGAUUACCAUAUGCUCUCCCAUGCGGAUCAUCUGGUUUGCACAUUAUCAUCUGGGUUUUGUCGCGUGGCCUAUGAGCUCAUGAAUGCUGUUCGCCACGAUGCUUGGGCUCGGAUUAGUUCUUUAGAUAACGACUUCUACUACGCUUACGUUCUCCAAGAAGAACGACAAGCGGUGGAACCCUACGAAGACGGCGUUUUCGCUGCGGAGAUUCGGAAGGCGCACACAUCAGAUGUGCCCGAGAGCUUCCAGCAGAUGAUUACGGUCACGCUCAGUAGAUCGUAUUCGCCUUUCGGGGCGGAUGGUUUCGCAUUCACCAACGAUGAUCGCAAAAUGACGGCAAAGUUCAAAACCUCGCUCCCGUACCCCUCGAUGUCCUUCGAAUCGAAUAUAUCUCGAAUAAUAGUCUAG